UAGACCUUGUAGAAUCAACAUGGCUAGCGCAACGUAAACUAAACAUGACAUAGGUCUAAUUUUAAUUCAAGUCUAGGUUUAAUUAACAUUUUGACAUAUAAAGUAACCUAAAGGCACAUAAUUAUGGGAUGUUCCUCGUCAGUCUCGACUAAUGAAAGCAAUGAGGCCGAAUCCAAAACAAACUAUACAAUCGCCGUUAAAACGGGAGAUCGUAAGGGAUCGGGAACGAAUGCAAAUGUCUACGUCAUUCUCGUAAACACCGACGGCAUACGGUCUGCCGAAAUUCAUCUUGACUGCAUCUGGCGUGACGACUUCGAAUCAGGAAGCACAGACACAUUUCCUGUUGACGAUAUCGCCAACUUCGGGGAAAUCGAAGAACUGGAGCUGUGGCAUAACGGAGACGAUCCAUGGUACGUUGAGUGGGUUGAAGUGCGCGACAACAUAUCUAGGAAUGUUUAUGUAUUUCCGAUACAUCGUUGGGUGACAUCGGAUCGCAGAUUGAAAAUUCAACGGUACGACUGCAUGCUGCCUCAGUUUGACAAAUUCCCACAGCAACGGAAGUCGGAACUUGAAAUAAAGAAAAAAACGUACGCUUUUGCGCAAAAGUCCAAUGGGCUGCCAUGCCAGGUUAAAGAAUGCCCGGAAGAUGAAUGUUUUUCCAAUGAUUAUAAGUGGGAUAUUCUGGUAAACAAAGCUAAACUGCUGCUUGAAGCAAAAUUCGUCAAUAUUACAACAUCAUCUUGGGAUAGCCUCGACGAUCUCGGUAAUGUUUACAACAAAACACUUCCCCAGCCUUUGGGAAUGCACAACUGGAAAUCUGAUUUGGAAUUUGGAAUGCAACGUUUAACGGGAUGCAACCCGACACUGAUUAAGUUAUGCACACAUAUUCCUGAAAAGUUUGGUGUUACGAAUGAGAUGAUCAGUCCGCUACUUGAAGGUUUGACAAUGGAAGAGGCUAUUUUAAAGAAAACUCUCUACAUAGUAGAUAUAACAGAAACCAAGGAUCUUCCCUGUACCGAUAAUCGAAAGAUAUGCAGUCCCAUUGCCUUGUUUUUUGUCAACAAGGAAAAGAAACUGUUGCCGAUUGCAAUUCAACUUCACCAGGACAAAGCAGAUGACAACCCGGUGUUCCUUCCAACAGAUAAUGAAUACACCUGGAUGUUUGCAAAGAUGUGGUACAACAACGCAGACGCGUCGUACCACCAAUCUACAACUCAUUUAGGGUUUACACAUCUCCUAAUGGAAAGUGUAGCCGUAGCGACCCACAGUAGUCUCUCGCCAUCACAUCCACUGUUUCGCCUUUUGGCACCACACUUUUUGUAUCUCAUUGCUAUAAACAGCCGUGCAUUAGCGAAGCUUGUCUGCGAAGGAGGCUGGGUGGAUAAAUGUAUGUUGAUUGGUCGAAUUGGUAUGUUUGAGAUUAUGAAGCGAUGCUGGAGCUCAUGGCGACUAGAUGUCACAGGAACUCUCCCAAAAGAGCUAGAGUCUCGAGGUGUUGACGAUCCGGAAUUACUGCCCAACUAUUACUAUAGAGACGAUGCAUUGUUGCUAUGGGACGCUAUUUCAAAAUACGUAAGAACAGUCGUAAACGCCCACUACGACACACCAGAAAAAAUAUUGAAUGAUUACGAGUUACAAGAGUGGCAUACGAUGCUGUUGUCCCCAGUCGGUGAAGGAGGGUGCGGCAUCCAAGGCAUACCAGGAGAUGGAUCCUUCAAGACUUCGGAAGAAAUCGCACAAACUGUCACAGCAAUGAUUUUUGCCAGCAGCGUCUCACACGCCGCAGCCAACUUUUCACAGUACGAUGAGUAUGGUUUCCCACCGAAUUACCCUUCAUUCAUUAAAGGCGAACCACCCACGAAUAAGGAUCCGAAAACAGAGGCAGAUGUUUUAAAAUCUUUACCAGACAAAGAGCAAACAUUGGACAUAAUGGUUGUUACAAAGCUUCUUAGUGAUAGAGGAACUAACAGCUUGGCUGAUUUUGAAGUAAAUUAUCAAUUUGAUCCGAUUGGGAUGAAAGCUGUUAAAGAGUUCGAAGAAGAAUUGGCCAGAAUUGGUAAAAUUGUUGACCAAAGAAACAGCGAGAGAGAGUCGGCGUACCCUUAUUUACACCCUGAGGAAGUACCAAAUGCUAUCAGCAUAUGAACCCACAAUUAGAUCAAGACAACGUAAAUAAUAACCCUGUAUUACUAUUCUUCGAUUGUUUUUUAGGGUGGGUUACUAUUUGAGUAUAGGUUACUGUUAGAGUAGUGGGAUACUAUUACUAAGGUUAAUAUAGGCACUUAUACUUGAAAAUAUUAAACACCCAGGCACCCUCACCACAUGCGUCAGCAAUUCAUAGAAAUAAAUAACUACAGUACGAGUAAACUUGGUUGAUUUAUUUUUAUUUAUAAACUAAAAAUUGUCCGCCACUCAUGCAUUAUCUUCUUAUAUUUGUUAUUUUUAUAAUGCGGCGGGCAUCAUUAACGGUCAGUCAUUAAGGAAAAUUACCAAGGAGUCAAUUCAAGUAAGAAUCAUCAACGGCGUAAUCACAAUAUAUAUUUUAAGGAAGAAGCCUAAAUCGCGUUAAAGCAUAAACAAUGUUGAUUUGAAUGUCAUUUGUUUAUAGUUUUGGUGACUCUUGUAGUAACCCCAUAAGUUAUUAUUAGAGUGUGAGUUAUUAUUAUAGAUCAACUUCUUUGGUGGGUGGAAGGGGUUACUAAUAGAGUAAUGGUUAAUAUGUAGUUUUCGCCGCACGACGUUAACCUUAACGUUAAAGGAUGAUGUCAUAAUUUAUUCAUCUUGCGUUGCGGAGUACGUAAAUUUCAGGAUGUUACGUGUUCAACGUACGUUAGUUAUGGGUUUGCGCAUGCAUAUUUCGAUUUGUUUACAAAAAGGGGCGGAGCUAUCGCGCUGAAUGUUGGGUACUAAAGUUAAAGUUAAGUUAAGGUUAACGUCAUGCGGCGAUAACUACCUAUUAUUAGAGGUUUUACGGUUUUUCUUAAUGUUUAACAGUAUUUAUUAUAGAAGGUGACCCUUUCAGUGUAUCCUAGAAGAUCGGCUGAUAUUCAGGUGCCCUCUUAAAUAAUGUGAGGCUUUUUCAACAAAAACAUUACGAGGGAGUGGAGAUGAUUUUUAGUCGUGAGAAAAAUGUGAGACAAUUUGAUUGUCUUAUCCAGAAUAAUAUUUAUGUUAUGUAGUUUGCUUGGUUGCCCUUUAAUGAUUGUGUAGAAUUAAGCAAGAAACAUGUUUUGCAUGAUUAACCACAAAGAUGACUGCCCAAAUUAUAUGGCUUUCGCAAGAGUUACCGUAAUUCAACUCAUCUCACUAAUACAGUAGAACCCCUAUUAAGGGACACCUUGGGUACCCAAAAAAGUGUCCCCUUAAUAGGGGUGUCACCUAUUCAGGGGACACUAACCAAAAAUGUAAAUGUGUCCCCUUAAUAGGCUUUUUGGCAUGCUUUUUGUACCGUGAUGACAUUGGGUUUUUUUUAUAAUUUUAUUUUAAUUGACCAAAGAACGAUUAACAGUUGCAUUAUAACUAAUUUAAUAUAAUAAUUUGCAAUGCAAAGAAUAAUUUAUUCACUGUAUGAUAUGGAAUUAACAGAUACGGUAUGCUAUUAAAACUACAAAGGUUGUGUACAUUCCUGAUAUUGUUUCAUGAUUCAAUGCAAUGAAAUAACUUUUCUUUUUAAAAAUAUUGAGCUUUCUAUUGAAUGCACAAGAUCGAAUAUCAUUGACUUAAAAAUAAGUAUGCAGGCUGUACGGUUUAGAUUAACCUAUAUGAAAAUACACAAAACAAAAAACCCAUGGUUAUUGGUAAAAAGGGUUGUCCCAAAGGAGGGGUUCUACUGACAAAAAACCCAAAA